AUGGUCGUCCGUAGGGAGCUAGUGGCGCUCUCUGUGUAUGUGCGCGCCGGGGCUCUCUGCUCGCAUCACGCCACCAAUUCUACCUGUGCGGACCCUGAUACCAAAGGCGGCGUCCUGUCGGCGGAGGACGGCGUCAUUUUUUGUCUUUCGACGCUUAGAGUAUUGGCGCUGGCUCUUUUGAUCUCGGGAUCAUCCGCCACCUCGGACGACGGCAAAACGGCGGCAGAUCCGUCCGAUACCGUGCAGACCUGCAUGCCGGAGACGGAGGCGAAAACUCUUCCUCUCAGUGUCCAGCCUGGGAAGAAGGAUAUUUCGUUCAAAUGUGGCGGCAAUGAAGCCACGCUCUCUCCGCCGCCUGAAAACAGAACGUUUUUCGCAAAACCCGAGGGUGGAGAGCCCACAUCUCUGUCUGAGGUGUGUGAGAACGCACUGUUGACUAAAACCGGUAGUGGCUCCAACUCGAAGUACACGCUGACUCUUCCGUCCAAGGUCUCGGUGGAGCGUAAGCUGUACUUCACCUGCACCACAACAGAUGGUGAGAAGGGAAAACAAGCAGUUGGCGCGAAAAAGGAGCAGAAGUGUACGGUGGAAGUCACAGUCAAGGCCGGAGCCGGAGAAGAGCAUGGAUCAUCGGCAGCUGGAUGGGUCGCAGUGCCUUCUAUCGUAGUGGGAAUUCUUUUCCUGAGCCUUCUAUACAUCUAG